AUGGAUUUAAAAACUUCUGUUUAUAAUGCUGCGGCAGAUGGAGAUUUAGAUCAAUUGAAAAAAUACCUUGAUGGAAAGACUAGUAGUGAAAUUGAAGAUAUAAUUUGUUCACUCACAAAUGGAGCGACCCCACUCGUAAUAGCAUGCCGAAAUGGUCAUUUUGAUGUCGCACAUUAUUUGAUAAUGGAUUGUCAUGCCGUUGUCGAUCAAGUCGGAGCAGUGACAUUCGACGGGGAAACAAUUCAAGGGGCUCCUGCCCUUUGGUGCGCAGCAGCUGCUGGAAAUCUAAAAUUAGUGAAACUUUUAGUGUCUCAAGGCGCGAAAGUGAAUUGCACAACAGAAUCAAAUUCGACUCCUUUGCGAGCAGCUUGCUUCGAUGGACAUUUCGAUAUUGUAACUUACCUCAUUCAACACGGAGCAGACAUCGAAAUUGCAAAUAAGCACGGUCAUACGAGUCUCAUGAUAGCUUGCUAUCAGUCCCAUUACCUUAUUGUCAAAUAUCUACUGGACUGUGGUGCCGAUGUGAAUAAGAGAACAGUAAAAGGCAGUACGGCACUGCAUGAUUGCGCAGAAUCAGGCAGCCUGUUGAUACUCAAGAUGCUGAUGAACCGCAACGCAAAGUUCGAAGCUGACCUUUGUGGUACCACACCUCUGUUGUCAGCAGCAAUAAGCGGCAAUGCUGUAGUUGUUGAGUAUUUUAUCCAGUAUUUUAACUGCUCAAAACUGGAUAAAAUCAACGCAUUAGAACUGCUGGGGGCUAGAUAUGACAUGAGGAGGAACAUGUUUGCAGGGCUCAAAUGUUGGAGACGUGCGAUGAACAUGAGGUAUGAAGAUCCCAGAUCUCUGCUGCUGAAGCCAGACUCGGAGACCCCGUUCAGCGAAUACAUCCAAUCCACAGAAGUGAAGACGCUCGCUCAGCUGGAAGAGCUGAGGUCGGAUCCGGACGAACUGAGAAUACAAGCUCUGCUGGUCCGAGAAAGGAUCCUAGGUCCGACUCAUCCCCAUACAGUCAAUUUCCUGAGACUCCGAGGAGCCGUGUAUGCGAAUAGUGGAAGUUUUGAAAAGUGUAUUAAAUUGUGGACGUAUGCAUUAGACGUUCAACAGAGGUCGUCAGACCCUGUCAGUCCACUGACUCAAAGCAUCCUCCUCUCGUUCGUGGAGCUAUUUUCUUGCAUGAUGCCCAACGCUCAAGGUCGAGAAAGGUACAUGCCUAUUGUUCCGUUCUGUUACGUGCUGGAUAUUUUCGAGAGGAGUCUCCAAGUACUGGAAAAGGCGAUGGACAUUUCUCGCAGGCAGCAGGAAUGCAGCGAUGUGGGCGGCCACUUCCAUCGUACCCUUUCCAUCGUCAUGCAUAUGGCGGAACUCCUGUGCCAACUACUUCCUGGACUUAGCGAAGUUGAAGUUUUGCGACUGAAGCAGGCUGUGUAUCGAUUUGUCCACUUGAAUCCCAGGGGCAAAAAUAACUGCACUCCUCUACACUUGGCAUGCUCCAAGAGCCCAUGCAUGGCAGUCCGUCAUACGGUGUGUCGUUUCCCUUCUCAAGCCGUGACGGAACUUCUCCUGGAAGUUGGGGAGUCUCCCAACUCUGUAGAUUUUGAUGGCAACACAGCACUACAUUUGAUUGCCUCCAUAAAGCCCUGCCCCAUGAAUCUCUUCAAAACUCUCUUGAGUCGCGGCGCUCAUCUCGAUCUGAGCAAUAUACACAGGAUGACGCCUCUCCAUUUGAUCCAAAAUGCACCCAUCUCUGAUCUGUACCCAUUGCAAUACAUAAACUUACAGUGUCUCUGUGCUCGGGCCGUUCGAUCUUACAAUGUACCGUACGAAGGAAUGGUGCAUGAAAGUCUGGAAAGGUUUUUAGACUUACAUUGA